ACGACAUAUACAUACAAACGGCGCAAAUGUGUAUGAUGUGUUGCCUAGUACUGGAUUUGUAAUAUCGCACGUGGCCGUGAGGUGCCAACUUUAUUCAAUUGUUUGUGGAUUGUGAGGGCAUAACCUAAAUUGUGCACGUGAAAAUUUAAAAUUUCCAUUAUUAUUAACAAUCCCAGUCUCUGUAAUGAGUGCAUCAAAAGAGGAAUGCGACGAAAUGCAACCGAUGGAAGAAGAUAACGAACAAGAACCUGAAAAAUCCGUUUACUUGCCCGGUACUGUGUUAGAGGAUGGAGAGGAGUUGGUGUGUGAUCCGACAGCAUACGUUAUGCUACAUCAAUUGCAAACCGGUUCCCCCUGUUUAAGCUUCGACGUUAUACCAGACAAUAUAACUCGUAACGAAGACAGUUACCCUUUAACUUGUUACCUUGUAGCCGGCACGCAGGCUAUGGAAACUCACGCUAAUAAUGUUAUUGUUAUGAAACUCUCGAAUCUACAUCGUACAUCUAAGCAGUCGGAAGAGGACGAUUCUGACGAAGAAGAGGAAGAGGAGGUGCAAUAUCCCGCGAUGGCGGCCAGUUUAAUCAAACAUCAGGGUGGGAUCAAUCGAACCCGGUGCACGGCGCUAAACGGUGUCGUGCUGGCGGCAACCUGGAGCGAAUUGGGUCGCGUCAACAUAUGGGAUUUGACCCAACAACUGCAGGCGGUGAACGAUCGUGAUUUAUUAAAACGCUACGUCAAGGAUAACGUCGGUAACGCAGUUAAACCACUGUUUACGUUCGCUGGACAUCAACAGGAAGGGUUUGCAAUUGAUUGGAAUUUGUUGGAUCACGGAGUUCUCGCAACGGGCGAUUGUAAAAUGGACAUUCACAUUUGGAAACCGAAAGAAGGAGGAAGUUGGUUUGUAGAUCAGCGCCCCUUAAUUGGCCACAAGAGUUCGGUAGAAGAUAUACAAUGGUCUCCCAACGAGCCUACGGUCUUGGCAUCGUGUUCAGUGGACCGGAGCAUACGUAUUUGGGAUAUAAGAGCACCGCCGAGUAAAGCAUGCAUGCUUACGACCGAGAACGCACACACAAGUGACGUGAAUGUUAUAAGUUGGAAUCGAAAUGAGCCGUUUAUUGUGAGUGGAGGCGACGAUGGAAUUUUGAAUAUUUGGGAUUUGAGAAGGUUUGCCGAGAAGCAACCUGUGGCAACUUUUAAACACCAUACAGGUUCAAUUACGAGUGUGGAUUGGCAUCCGACCGACUCUGCUGUGUUUGCAUCUAGCGGCAGUGACGACCAAAUCACGCUUUGGGAUCUGUCGGUAGAGAAAGACGACGAAUCGGAAGAAAUACCGGGAUUACCUCCACAAUUACUAUUCAUUCAUCAAGGACAGAAAGAUAUAAAGGAGCUGCACUGGCAUCCGCAAAUACCUGGUCUAAUCAUAAGCACAGCAUUGAGCGAUUUUAAUAUAUUUAGAACUAUUAGUAUAUAAUAAAAUUUUAAUUAUUUCCAA